CUUACCGAAUUGGAAAAUUCGAAAGCCGAAAAGCCAAAAAAAAGAAAAAGAAAAAAAGGAAAAGAAUCCAAAUAGAUUUGGCCAAUCUACAAACCGGAGGAAGUGAGAACAACACGCUGUUAAAAGGAAAUAUUCACUACAAAAUUCUUCAAAUUCUCCAUUAAUAUAUUCUUUUAUGCAUUUACUUAUAAAUAAGGGCUAGGGUUUUUUAUUUUAUUUUCUUCUUUUUUUUCGUCACAUUAGCUAGAAUUUUAAUUUUAAAAUCCUCUAGAAAACCAAUCUUUCCUCGUCUCAGGCUCUUUCUCUUGUGAUUUGUAAGAUUAGGGUUAGGUUUUUUGCUUAGUGGAUAAAGAUGUAUGCUGAUCGAGUGGAGGCUGUUGGCAAAAGGUCGGUAAAGGAGCGACUCAGUGGCAACUCCGCUGACAACUCUAUUCGCCGGCAUCAAAUCACUGGCAAGAGGCUGAGGGAAGAUGACAAGUGGGAACAUGAUCUUUACCAAGAUGACUUACCUCAAGUUUCAAAUCGCAAAGUUGAUGCCCGUGAUCUUCGUUUGAAGCUCCAAAGGAAAAGUCACCAGCAGGUGUCUCAAAGUGGAAGGGGAGCUUUCUCAGGUGUGCGUGAUCUUCGUGAAAAGUUAUCUGGAACAAUGAAUACACAGCCUCUAAAUGUUGAUCCACCAAAACCAAAAGUGGAAACUGCCAAACCAGCCAGGAAAAGUGUAGCAGUUGAAACUUCUGAACCAGAACCGAAAAGGGCUGCAAAUAUGGUAGCAAGGAAGAAGGUUCAGCAAAAGGCUGAUACAUCAGUUGAGGGCUUCCUCCAGUCUUUGGGUAUUGAAAAAUACACAAUUCUUUUUCAAGCAGAGGAAGUUGACAUGACUGCUCUUGUACACAUGACUGAUGAGGAUCUAAAAGCGUUAGGAAUACCAAUGGGCCCAAGAAAGAAGAUACUUCUGGCAUUGGAACCUAGAGGCUGACAUUUGGAGUUUUAGCAAGUGGUUGUUGCCAGUAGGAUCUCAAGAUGUAUUAUUGGCUGACAUCCCUACAAGGUAGCAGGGCUGUGUUUUGGCUGAUGAGACACUGCUUGUAACAAUUCUUUGGGUACUUGUUUAUUUUGCUUUUUGUUCAGCUUUAUUGACAAAAAUGUGGAUUCAUGCGGAGCUUGUAUUGAAAUGGAAGGAUGGAGUAUCCUUAGAUGCCAAGUAGGUCGGAGCCUUGUUUCUCGUGCCCCUUACGGGCUUCGGUUAGAUACGUUAAACUAAUGUAUAUGCUGCAUUGAUUUAAUCUUAUUUUUGGAUGAUUUCUAAAAUCCAAAUGAAGUGUAAACUGUAAAGAGAGAUUCGGAAAAAAAAAAAAAUGUGUUAUACA